AUGAACGUCGGUGAGCAGAAUCCAAAGCCGUACCAGCUGUUCCACCUGUAUUCUCCAGAGAGCCACAACAACCUGGACAGAGCGGUGAAGAUGUUGUGGUGUUCUAACUACAAACACAAGCAUCAGGGGCCGGACGACUACCUGGACGGCUUCUUCUCCUUCCUCCACAUGCAUCCGGGAGACAUUUCUGCACAGAUUUGCCCGUACUACUUCGACCAAGUCACAGACAAGUUGUGGAAGUAUCACCAGAGCAGGAUUCCAGGUGUUCCCAGGUGUCUGAACCUGUGCUGCUUCCACUCCUGGUCCAGUCUGAAGGAGGAGAUCUCCAGGGCCUUUUUGUCCACGACUGAAGACAACCAGACCCGUUUUCCCUUCUGUUAUCGCAGUCUCCCCAUGACACAAGACCCCAAACGGAUUUUAACCAGCAAACAAUGCAUCAAACGCCUCAACAGAACGUUCCAAUGA